UUGUAUGUCUGUUAGUUUGUGAAAACGCGUUCCCAUCGGCUUGGGUAUAGUUUUAUUGUGUACUUUGUGAUGCAUAAUUUGCAUUUACUCAUAUGUUAAAUGUUUGUUUGGGGCACGGACUAACCCUUCAACAGUUUCAUUUAGCAAAUUUGCGGACGCUUGAUCGAAAGAAACAGCAUCGUUUUCGGGAUUUACUUGAGAUGCGCGCGCGUGUUGUUUGUGUGUGUUUGUGGUAGCCGACUGAAAAGAAUGAUUUUAACAAGAUGGCGCUACAUUCGCAAAAUUAACGGAAAACCAUGCGUGUGCAAUCAAAGAAGAAUGAAGAUGAUCGCUGAAAGAAUUAAGCCAUAUUGAGUUUUCAGCAUUUGUUUGGAUUGGUGUUAUAAAAAUGCUGUCUGUUGAGAGAUGGCGCUUCGUCAUCAACAUGGGGUGUUGAACAGAACAGUUGUUACUCAAAGUGUUCAAUAAACGGAAAAAAGUAAAUAGCAAUGUGAAUUAAUGAAUUGGCUGCGUGGAAAAAAGAGCGUUGGGUGCGAUCCUGCCAGGAGUCGAACCUGGAAUCUUCUGAUCCGUAGUCAGACGCGUUAUCCAUUGCGCCACAGGACCCGGUUGGUGAGUGGGCAAUGGCAACCAUAAAUAAAGAGCAUCUAUGUCAUAUCGAUGAGCUAUAUGCGUCUUAGCAGCACAUAUUUGGUUCAGUUCUCCAAAGAAACAUAUCGUAUAACAGUGUUUGGCUUUCAUACUGGAUGGAACAGUGUGCAGUGCGCACAUUGACAAGGAAAGCAACCCUGCACAAAAAUACCUCCGCCAAAUGACAUUUGAACAAGCGCGCGCGUAAACAAAAGUCAGAGCAAAAUGUUCUGUUUUGCAUCGAAAUCAACGUUUGCGUGGUGAAAAAUUCGGAGUAUAGAACAUAAUCCUCUGACACGAUAAUGUCCGCCACUACCAAGUGGCGAUCGUUACUUUGCACCUACAAUCAACUGCAGCUAAAGGCCACCCUACUAGGAGGACAGAGCUUCCGGUGGAAAAACUAUAAAUCUACCGCUUUGGACCAGCAUGAAACCGAAUUCAUUGGCGUGUUUGCCAACAUCGUGUGGGUGUUGCGACAAACGGAGCGCGAGCUACAGUACCGUAUCGUCGGUGAGCAGCCGUACCCGAACAAAGCGAACAGAGACGUAACAAAUUCACCCAUCCCCGAGCCGCAGCAGUCCCCGGGCAAUGUGCGAAACCUUGCCGAGGUGCGCUUGAAGGUGGCCGAACCGUCCGAGUAUGCCACCGGGGGAGAGUUGUUGUAUCCGGCCAGCUACUACGAACAGCUGCUGCGCAUCUACUUCCGCCUAGACGUAGACCUCGAGCAGCAGUACCAGCAAUGGAUCCGGUGCCACGAGCACUUUGCCAACAGUGCGGCCAAAUUCUAUGCCGUCCGGCAGCUGGAUCAGGAUCCGGUGGAGAAUCUGUUCUGCUUCAUCUGUUCGCAGAACAAUAACAUCGCACGCAUCUCGGACAUGGUGGAAAAGCUUUGCCGCAACUAUGGGGAGAAAAUUUGCGAAUACGAAGGUACCUGCUACUACAAUUUCCCAUCGGUGAGCUCGCUCGCUGACCCCACAGUAGAGGGGAAGCUGCGCGAGCUCGGCUUCGGCUACCGGGCCAAAUACAUUCAACGGUCGGCGGAGCAAAUUCUUCAGCUCGGCGAUCUGGAGUGGUUCCGGCAGCUCUGCCAGAUGGAUUACAAAGCGGCUCACAAGGAGCUGGUGUCGCUGCACGGCAUCGGGUCGAAGGUGGCCGACUGCAUCUGUCUCAUGUCGCUGGGGCACCUGCAGGCCAUACCGGUCGAUACGCACGUGUUUCAGCUAGCGAAACAUUACCUGCCGGCGCUGACCAUAUCGAAGAACGCGACCGAUCGGCAGUACGUGACGGUGGCGGACAAGUUUCGCGAGGUUUAUGGGCCUUACGCGGGCUGGGCCCAGACGGUGCUUUUCUGUUCCGAUCUGCGCCAGUUUCGCGAUCGUACCAAGCGCACGGGGGAGCGUGAGAAUUCUUCCAAGCUGAAGAAAAAACGAAAAAAGCCUUAGCCUUUCUAAAGAAUGGACAAGAUGAUACAUUUAAAAAUGACACUUCU